ACAUUUCCACUCAAACACCAGCCACCAGUUCAUCUCACUCACCGUCCUAGCUAGCAGCCAGUAGCUCGGAAUGGCCGCGUCGGCGCUGCACCAGACCACCAGCUUCCUCGGCACCGCCCCACGCCGUGAUGACCUCGUCCGCAGCGUCGGCGACUUCGGCGGCCGCAUCACCAUGCGCCGGACUGUGAAGAGCGCCCCCCAGAGCAUCUGGUACGGUCCUGACCGUCCCAAGUACCUGGGUCCAUUCUCGGAGCAGACCCCAUCUUACUUGACCGGCGAGUUUCCCGGUGACUACGGGUGGGACACCGCAGGGUUGUCAGCUGACCCAGAGACGUUCGCCAAGAAUAGGGAGCUAGAGGUGAUCCACUCGAGGUGGGCGAUGCUUGGCGCACUCGGAUGUGUGUUCCCAGAGAUCCUAUCCAAGAACGGCAUCAAGUUCGGUGAGGCCGUGUGGUUCAAGGCCGGCGCUCAGAUCUUCUCUGAGGGCGGUCUCGACUACCUCGGCAACCCUAAUCUGGUGCACGCACAAAGCAUCCUCGCCAUCUGGGCUACCCAAGUGGUGCUCAUGGGCUUCAUCGAGGGCUACCGUGUUGGUGGCGGUCCUCUCGGUGAGGGCCUCGACAAGAUCUACCCAGGCGGCUCCUUCGACCCACUUGGCCUUGCCGACGAUCCCGACACAGCUGCCGAGCUCAAGGUCAAGGAGCUCAAGAAUGGCCGCCUCGCCAUGUUCUCCAUGUUCGGUUUCUUUGUGCAGGCCAUCGUCACCGGCAAGGGACCCAUCGAAAACCUCUUCGACCACGUUGCUGACCCAGUCAACAACAACGCAUGGGCUUUCGCCACCAACUUCGCUCCUGGAAGUUAAAUGAGUUAGCCAUCCGUCCGACCACCGGGCGAGAUAUGCAUGUGUACUUGUACGUCGUGGAUCAACGUGUAGCUGCACGUACUUUGUGUUAUUAUUUGUACUAUCAUUGAGCGAGUCCCGUCUCGCUAGUUGUGCGCAAUGUAAUUAAGCACAAGGUACGCCGGUGAAUGAAUGUCAAUAAUGGAGCAAUCAUCUAUAAUGAAGAGAGUAGUUAAGUC